AUGGAGGAGGCGAGGAGGUGCCGCGCCGGCGACCCGAAGCAGCUAGGGUUCGCCGCGGCGUCCAUCGGCCCGCGGGCUCCGCCGUCGCCGUCGUCCGCCGCGGAGGAGACCCGUGGAGAUGGACAAACGUCGUCCGCCGUCGUGUCUGGGAAGUGGAGGAUGGAGGCGGAGCAUGGAUCCCGUUUGGGAGUGCAGAUCGAUGGCGCUUUUGUCGCUGGGAGGUUAAAGGAGCUGCGCGUGUGGAGGCAGGGAGGGGGCAUUCAUUCAAAUUCAAGGGGCCAACUGAGAUUUCACAAAAGAAAAAAAAAAUGCCGUCGGAAGCUCAACGCGGUCUUCAGGCAGGAGCUGGAGGCGAGGAAGAAGGUGGGCAAGGAGUGCGACGAUCUGAUGAGCGGGCUGAUGCACAUGAAGGACGAGCAGGGGAAGAAGCUGGGCGACGAGGAGGUGGUGGACAACAUCGUCUCCCUCGUCAUCGCCGGCUACGAGUCCACUGCCAGCGCCAUCAUGUGGGCUACCUACCACCUCGCGAAAUCCCCCGCCGCCCUCGCGAAGCUCCGAGAGGAGAACAUGGCGCUGAGCGAGAGCAAAGCCGGCUCACCGUUGAUGAUCACCCACGACGACCUCCCGAAGAUGAAGUACACGGCGAAGAUGGAGGAGGAGACGAUCCGGAUGGCCAAUAUCGCGCCAAUGGUGCACCGCGUGGCCAACAAGGACGUGGAGUACGGCGGGUACAUGAUUCAGGCAGGGUGGUCGGUGCUGGUGUGGGUGAGGUCGCUGCACACCGACCCCAGCUUCUACCGGGAUCCCCUCACCUUCAACCCCGAUAGAUGGGAUGAGCCGGCAAAGCCAGGGACGUACCAGGUGUUAGGUGGCGGCUACAGGAUCUGUGCCGGCAACAUGCUCGCUAGGCUGCAGCUUACCAUCAUGUUGCAUCACCUCUCCAUUGGAUACGAAUGGGAGCUGUCGAAUCCGAAUGCGGAGAUCGGUUACCUUCCACACCCAAGGCCGAUGGACGGUGCAACCAUGGCCUUCCGUAAGCUCAAGACCAGCGCAUGA